AUUACUUUUAAAACCCCUGAAACCCUAAACCCAUUUUCAUCCAGGCCGCUCAUAGUGUGUUCACUGUUAAAAAAUGAGACCUCCAAGAGGACGUGGUGGUGGCGGAUUUAGGGGCGGCAGAGACGGCGGCCGCGGUGGCAGAUUUGGUGGUGGUCGUGGCGGCGGCCGCUUUCCUCCUCGCGAUGAAGGACCCCCUUCUGAAGUCGUAGAGGUAUCAGCAUUUGUACACGCAUGUGAAGGAGAUGCAGUAACAAAGCUCACUAAUGAAAAAAUCCCUUACUUUAACGCUCCUAUUUACCUUCAGAACAAGACCCAGAUUGGUAAAGUUGAUGAAAUUUUUGGUCCUAUUAAUGAAUCUUUAUUUUCAAUUAAGAUGUUGGAGGGAAUUAUUGCAACUUCAUAUGCAGCUGGAGAUAAGUUCUACAUUGACCCAGCAAAGCUUUUGCCACUGGCCAGAUUUCUUCCGCAGCCCAAGGGACAGCAACAAGCUUUUAGAGGUGGUGGACGAGGUGGAGGAAGAGGUGGACGUGGAGGAGGUGGUGGUUUUCGCGGUAGGGGUGCUCCUCGCGGGGGUAGAGGUCCUCCUCGGGGCGGUCGUGGAGGUGGUUUUAGGGGUAGAGGGAGAUUUUAAAAAGGAAUGUAAUGUACUUUUGAUUUCUCAAUUUAGUUUGUAAUUCUGGAUGAUGUGAACGUAUGUUAUCAUAGUUCCUUUUUGUUGUUAAUGGAAUCAGCCCUCCUUUAUCUUUGUUUUGUUC